AUGUCUACUAAAUUAAUUUUAUCUGGUAAAGCCCAAGCUGUGGCUUAUGGUGAAUUGAUCGCCGCUCGUAUUGUCAACAAUUCUUCCGCAAAUGCUGUUGAUAUUAGCUUUGUAGAAGAUAAAAAGGCUGCUCCAGCUACUUUGGAUGGCUCUUCUGAUGAUGUUUUAGCUAAAAUUGUUGCUUUAUCUCCAUCUUCAUUUGCUUCUGCUUCAAAGGAAGAUGUUGCUCAUUGGACAAAAUUAGCCCAGGAAAAAUUAGUUGUUAAGAAUUUCCAACAAUUGGCUCAAACUCUAGAGAUCCUAGAUGCCCAAUUAAAUUUAAGAUCCUUUGUUUUAGGCGGGUUGAAUUUCUCAGCUGCAGAUGUUGCUGUCUGGGGUGCUUUAAGAUCUAAUGGUAUGGUCGGUUCUAUCAUAAAAAAUAAAGUUUAUGUUAAUGUUUCUCGUUGGUAUUCUUUCUUAGAAUUAGAACCUGCUUUUGGUGAAUCUCAUGAAUUUUUAACUAAAUCUUUACAAGAAUUGAAAAAAGCCGCUAAUGCUGGUAAGAAGAAAGAAAGUCACAAAGCAAACUUCGAAAUUGAUUUACAAGAUGCUAAAAUGGGAGAAGUAGUGACUAGAUUUCCUCCUGAACCAUCUGGAUACCUACAUAUCGGUCAUGCUAAAGCUGCUAUUUUAAACCAAUAUUUUGCCCAAGCUUAUAAGGGUAAAUUGAUCAUUAGAUUCGAUGAUACCAACCCUUCCAAGGAAAAGGAAGAAUUUGAAGAAUCUAUCAUUGAAGAUUUAGCUCUUUUAGGUAUUAAAGGUGAUAGAGUUACACACUCCAGUGACUACUUUCAAGAAAUGUAUGAUUACUGUAUUCAAAUGAUCAAAGAAGGUAAGGCUUACUGUGACGACACUCCAACAGAAAAGAUGAGAGAAGAACGUAUGGAAGGGGAACCUUCUGCUAGAAGAAACCGUUCAGUUGAAGAAAAUUUAAAAAUUUUCACCGAAGAUAUGACUAAUGGUACUGAAGAAGGUUUAAAGAACUGUGUUCGUGCCAAGAUUGAUUACAAAGCUUUGAAUAAAACUUUGAGAGAUCCUGUUAUUUACAGAUGUAACUUAACCCCACAUCAUAUUACAGGUGAUAAAUGGAAAGUCUAUCCAACUUAUGAUUUCUGUGUUCCAAUUGUUGACUCUUUGGAAGGUGUUACUCAUGCUUUACGUACCAUUGAAUACAGAGACCGUAAUGCUCAAUACGAAUGGAUGUUAGACGCACUAAAAUUAAGACAUGUUCAUAUUUGGGAUUUUGCACGUGUUAAUUUUGUUAGAACUUUGUUAUCGAAGAGAAAAUUGCAAUGGAUGGUUGACAAGGGAUUAGUUAGUAAUUGGGAUGAUCCAAGAUUCCCAACUGUAAGAGGUGUUAGAAGAAGAGGUAUGAGUAUCGAAGGUUUAAGAAAUUUCGUCUUAUCUCAAGGUCCAUCCAGAAAUGUGAUUAAUUUAGAAUGGAAUCUAAUUUGGGCUUUUAAUAAAAAAGUCAUUGAUCCAACCGCUCCAAGACAUACUGCUGUUGUUAAUCCUUUUAAAGUUCAUUUGGAAGGUUCAGAAGUUCCACAAACUGAUAAAAUUGAAAUGAAGCCAAAGCAUAAGAAAAAUCCAGAUGUCGGUGAAAAGAAAGUUGUCUUCUCUAAAAACAUCAUUAUCGACAAGGAAGAUGCUGAUGUCUUAGAAGAAGGUGAAGAAUUUACUUUAAUGGAUUGGGGUAAUGCUAUUAUUACUAAGAAAGAUGCAAACUCUAUCACUGCUAAACUACAUUUGGAAGGUGAUUUCAAAAAAACUAAGCACAAAAUUACUUGGUUGGCUGAUACUAAGGAUGUUGUUUCAGUAGAUUUAGUAGAUUUCGAUCAUUUACUAAACAAGGAUAGAAUUGAAGAAGGUGAGAGCUUUGAAGAUUUCUUAACUGAAAAAACGGAAUUCCAUACUUCUGCUAUUGCUGACUUAAACGUCAAAGACAUGAAAAUUGGUGAUUUUAUCCAAUUUGAAAGAAAGGGAUACUAUAGAUUAGAUUCCUUACCUAAAAAUGGUAACCCAUAUGUCUUCUUUACCAUUCCAGAUGGUAAGGCUGUUAACAAAUACGGUGCUAAGAAAUAG